CAAAAGCUGGGAGGGAUGACAGGAGGCGGCUGUGUGAGAAGCGUGGGGCUGUAAGGAGGUGUUGUCCCACCCCCUCUCUGCACCGCUGGUAGAGAAACACGGAACUGUUAGUGUGGCGCUCCAUCCCUGCAGACACACUGGGAUGUUCCGCUUGCGGGCACUGUCCGCAGUUUCGGUGGGGCUCGCGCAGCUGUCUCGGCGUUAUCACAGCGGGGCAGUGCGAGAGUCUGGCCGGAGAAGGCUGAUGCUGGCAGCCCUAGCUGGGGUAACUGGUGUGUCUGCUAGUGCUGGACUGCUCUGGAAAAGAGCUUAUGCAGAUGCAGGUUCUUCUGUUCGACACUCUGAACAGCCAGUUGGAGAGGAACCGGAUUUUGGGAGACAUGCAGAUUCCGAAACAGAGUCAGAAAAAUCCGUGGAGGCCAGCAGUGGAGAUGAUGAUGAAAAAGAUGAAGGUGGAGAGAAAAAAAAGAAGCAACGCUCUGGAUUCCGUGACCGCAAGGUGAUGGAGUAUGAGAACAGGAUACGAGCCUACUCAACUCCAGACAAGAUUUUCCGCUACUUUGCCACGCUGAAGGUCAUCAAUGAGCACGGCGAUGCUGAGGUUUACAUGACGCCUCAGGACUUCAUACGCUCUAUCACACCUAAUGAGAAGCAGCCAGAGAAUCUAGGCCUGGAUCAAUUCAUUGUGAAGCGCUAUGAUGGAAAGGACUUCUGGCAGAUGGAGAAGAUUGCCCAGGAGAGGGAGAAGUUUGCAGAUGAGGACAGCAUAUUUUACACACUGGGAGAAUGUGGCCUUAUCUCCUUCUCUGACUACAUCUUUCUCACCACUGUGCUGUCAACUCCUCAGAGGAACUUUGAGAUAGCUUUCAAGAUGUUUGAUCUGAACGGCGAUGGAGAGGUGGACCUGGAAGAGUUUGAACAGGUCCAGAGCAUCAUUCGUUCCCAGACCAGCAUGGGCAUGCGACACCGCGACCGCUCCACCACAGGAAACACCCUGAAGACAGGCGGCUGCAGCUCCGCUCUCACCACAUACUUCUUUGGAGGGGAUCUGAAGGGCAAACUCACCAUUGGCAGUUUCCUGGAGUUUCAAAGGAAAUUGCAGCAUGACGUGCUUAAACUAGAGUUUGAGAGGAACGAUCCCGCGGAUGGCAGAAUCACUGAGAGGCAGUUCGGAGGUAUGCUGCUGGCCUACAGUGGUGUCCAGUCGCGUAAACUCAAGCAUAUGCAGAAGGGGUUGAAGAAAAUGUUUAAGGAUGCACAGGGCAUCACAUUUGAGGAGGUGGAGAACUUCUUUACUUUCUUGAAGAAUAUAAAUGAUGUGGACACAGCUCUGAGUUUCUAUCAUAUGGCUGGAGCUUCCAUUGAUAAAGUCACCAUGAAGCAGGUGGCCCGCACUGUAGCAAAAGUGGAGCUGUCGGAUCACGUGUGCGACGUAGUGUUCGCGCUCUUUGAUUGUGAUGGGAAUGGGGAGCUUAGUAAUAAGGAGUUCAUAGCCAUCAUGAAGCAGCGGCUCAUGCGUGGGCUAGAGAAACCCAAAGACAUGGGCUUCACUCGCCUUGUGCGUGCCAUGUGGAAGUGUGCCCAGGAUACCGCUUGGGAUUUUGCCACACCAAAGGCAUAAUUUAACAGGAGACAAGUUGCAAUUGAGACCGGAAGACAGCAGGUGUGUAGGGCAACAUCACCAGUAUCAUCAAAGGCAGUCUUGCUUCAACAGGUUUUAUGAAUUUCAAUAGACAAUUAAUACACUGAUCUCAUUAAGACUGCAGCUCUGAGGGGCAUCAUCAGUCAUUAACGCAUGUUGCUAUAGUUCCAGCUAUCAGUAUUGGGACCGAAGCAUCCUGCUGCAGUGCACCGUGUCCUGAAAGGCUUCUCUAAUGUGCCAGUCUGAGGCAUCGUGGGUGUUUGUAUAUCUGAAAGUAUACAAAGUUUGUAUUUUUUUUUUUUCAUAUUUUAUAAAGGAAUGCAGGAUCAUGACCAGAAUAUUGCAACUCUGUCAAAUGCUAAAAACAUCACUUUGCUAUUCCAUAUUUAACUCAUUUUACGGCAAACGGGCAACACAAGAAGAUGAAUCAAUCUGAUCUGACCUUCAGUUGUAUACAGGCUGCAGUCUGUUCUGUGCUGUUAACAGACCCUGGAUGUUUCUUUGGUGGGGAAAAAGUCUGUAAUGUCUUUAGCACCUCUUCAUUCAGUCUGCAUCUUUAUAAUGUCCCAUAAAAGAUUACCUAUGCUUGUCUCACUCUGCCUUGUACUGUUCAAAGUAUGUGUUCUUAGCAUUAUUAUUCCUCACAGAAACACUUUAUAUAUGAUGGAUGUUAAAGGAAAUACUCUAUUAAAAAGGCCACAGUAAUGUAA